AGGAUUUAACACAUAUAUGUAGUUCAACAAUAGCUAAUUUCAAAUAGCAGUGCACUCUAACUUUUGAAUGAAUCAUUUGCUAUCUUGUUUGAUGAUGUAAGACAAAUCAACAAAUUGAAUCAUUAUCAUCUACACACUCCAAAGUGGCCAUAGUGUCCCAGUGUUUGCAUUACCUUGUCUAAUAGUAUAAGUGUACAUAUCUGCAUAAGACUAACAUAUGCGGUUAAAGUUCACUUUGUCAAAAUGUUUGCAGGAUUAAUACAAUAUUUGAACAAAGUCUGAGUUUAAGAUAUUUCAAACUUUUAAGACUAGAUAACUGAUCGAAACCAAGGUAGAAGCAUGCCAGGAACACACUUCUUCACAAUCUUACUUCUUGGAAUAUAUGGUUGUGUGGCUGCUGAUGGGCCUACAGUGGUACAUACAAUCCAAGAUGGCACUAUAAGAGGCACCAUUAGCUACACCUUAGACAAUGCAGUUAAACCUAUUUACAACUUCAGAGGAAUUCCUUAUGCCAGCCAGCCCAUUGGACCUUUGAGAUUCAAGGCCCCUAAGGAAGUAGAACCUUGGACAGGGGAGCUAGAUGCUACACAAGCAAUGGUUGAGUGUCCUCAGGAUUAUGAACAAAUAAAAGAGUUCUUCAAAGAAGUUGGAUUAGGG